CCCUAAAUACUAUUUAUUCUCCCUCCCCACUCCAUUUGCAGUUCAGCGCCCUUUUAUCCCGUUUUUCCUUCUUCACCAAUCUUCGUACCCGCGCCGGAACGCCAUCGCCGCCGCAGUCGCAUCCCAUCUCCCAUCCGUUCCUCUCUUUCGAUAUACCCUCUAGAUUUCCGGUUAAAGCUUCAUCGCCUACUCUAUUACUUUCUUUCUCCACUCUCUGGGCGUCUUAUGGAUGGACAAGAGAACAUACUUGAGGCCAUAUACGAAGAAGAUGACUUGGAAAAUGAUGAUGUUGAAAUGGUCGAUGUGGAAGAAGGAGAGUUCGUUGAGGGCAAUAUCAGUACAGAGAAAAGCAGUCUUACAGAUGUCCAAGCGCCAAGUAUAGAUCAUAGAAGUAAAAAUCGUAAACGUCGGUCAAAGAAAAAGAAGAACAAAAGAAAGACAUACGAGUCAGGUUCAAAUGGCACUGAUAUUAACAGGUUUGUGUUGGAUGCAUGCAGACGUUUGAAAGAGAAAAAAUCAUACAUGGUUUACACUGCUGUAGGCUGUCUGGGAGUCUCUGCAUUAAGUGAACUUAUCAAAGAGGUCAAUGCAGUUCAGGCUUGUGGAGGUCAGAUGACUGCAGAUGGCAGGCGCUUUCGAACUGGAGGUGGCAUAUUAUGGAGCAUCAUCAAAACCCGGGAACCAAAUGCCUAUAAAGAAAUUAUGAAACGAGCGAAAGAGUUUGAGAAACAAUUUAAGCAACCAAAUAUCCGACGGGAGGCUACAGAAAUUGGGAAAGCAAGUUCUCAGGAAGUUCUUCACCUGUUCUCCGAAGGAGCUUCUCAAGAUCAACCAGAUAGCAUCCAAAGCCUUACUCCGGAGCAGAAUCAAUCUAAAGAAUCAAAUUCCGAAGAAAAACGAUCAUCUGUUCACGAAAGAUUAAGAGUACCAGUUUCAUAUGACGACGACAUUCUUCGAGAGAAUCCAAAAGAGGAAGAUACAACUUGAUUGUGGUUAGAUCUUCCCAUUUUUUGAACAAUUACUGUUGGUUUCUACUAGCUCAUGGCUAACAAAGUCAACAGUGUUUACCUUUUAAAAAAAAUGAGGCAGAAGAAUGUUUCACAAACUGUGAGUUUGUUCCAUUUAUUUUCAGUGGCUUUAGGCUACUUUGGUUGAGGCUUGAGCGCUUUGGUUCUACAGGUGAGGAUGGAAUUGGCACAUAGAAAGAAAAUGGAUUUAUUGGGUUGCAAAUGGAAAAAGGUUUUGCAAUUGCUUUGACAUUAUA